AGAGAGGAUAACCAAACAGGACCUAAGCAGAAGGAUUUGAGAGUUUGAACAGAGAAAUCCAUGUCUUUGGAUUACAGUUUCAACUUUCAACAGUCCACAACCACUCCCUGAAACUUUCCACCAUACAUCCUCUUAAUUCUUUCUCCUCUGCACCUAUCCUUCAACAAUCUCUCUCUUCUCCAAUGAAGCAGAGAAAGGCACCGCAACCCCCUCUCAUCACUUUCCAUUCUUUUAAAUGAAAACAUCACCUUCCGCCUCCGUCACCCUCUGUCUCGCCGUCGCCGCCGUGUUUUUUCUCUCUCUGCCACCCUCAUUCCAUGCUCUUGGCUCCGGCGCCACCCUCGCAAUCUCCGACGCCUCUGCCACCGUGUGCGGCGUCGUGGCAUCGGAGUCCACGCGUCGCAUUGAGUGUUACCAUGGAGGGAACAUAACACCCAUCGUUCCCAACGUUAGCUUUUCAACGAUUUCCGGUGGGAGGGACUACUUCUGCGGCAUCAGGUCCAGUAACUCCGAUUUGCUUUGCUGGGACACAACCUCUUCCUUCGAAAGGAAACGGCUUUACAACGAUAGUUCUGUUCCAUUGGAGAAUCUCGCCGUCGGGGAUACCCACGUUUGCGCCACCGAAGUGGGUGGCGGUGCGGUGCGGUGCUGGAGAACCGGUGAUACGUUUCAACUGCCAUCUGGGUCUGAUCAAUUCGCUUCGAUUUCAUCUGGGUCUGGCUUCUCUUGCGGGAUUUUGAAGAAUGAUUCUCGGGUUCGGUGCUGGGGGAACACGAAUGUUUCUGAGGAGAUUGAGAAUAGGUUUGGGAACAUGUCCAUGUUGAGUCUUGUCGCGGGUGGUUCGCAUGUUUGUGGGUUGAACUCAACAGGGUUUUUGGUGUGUGAAGGAAGUAACGGUUCUGGGCAAGUGGAUUUUCCUCGAGGUGGGGCUUUUGAGUUUGGUGGGUUGGCACUUGGAGCUGAGCAUAGUUGUGCGAUUAGAGGAUCGAAUGGUUCCGUUGUGUGUUGGGGUGGCAAUGGGAGAUUCUCGGUGAAUGUUACACAAGGUGUUUCCUUUGAGGUAAUUGUUUCUGGCUCCAACUUUGUUUGUGGAUUGACAACAAACAAUUUGACUGUGCUGUGUUGGGGUCCUGGUUGGUCUAAUAGUUCGAGUUUUGAGCUUCCUUUGCCAAGUUUUCUUCCAGGGCCUUGUGUUCAAUCUUCUUGUGGAGAGUGUGGUUCAUAUCUUGAUUCUCAAUCUCUAUGCUCUGGCUCUGGUAACAUUUGUAAGCCAAUGAUUUGUAGGCCUCAAACAAUAGUUCCACCACCGCCACCAUUACUCUCGCCACCACCACCGCCGCCGCCAUCAGUAUUACCAUCAUCUCCGCCACCGCCACCGCCGCCGCCAUCAUCAUCUCGAUCAAAGACCUUGACAAGAGGUUUAUUAGCAUUUGCUAUUAUUGGUUCCGCGGGGGCUUUUGCUGGAAUAUGCACAAUUGUAUAUUGCUUAUGGAGUGGAGUUUGUUUUGGGAAGAAGAAAGUUCAUAACUCUGUGCAGCCUACAAUCACUAGAGGUAGCAGCGGUUCCAAUGGUGGGGGUGCUUCGAAUAAUAGCAAUUCUUCGAUAUCAUCUAUGAUUAUGCGUCAGACUUCAAUAAUAAUGAGACGGCAGAGGAGUGGAACUUCAUCAACAAAGCACACAGACAGAGCUGAGGAGUUCACCCUGGCUGAGCUUGUGGCAGCCACCAACAAUUUCUCACUUGAAAACAAGAUUGGUGCUGGAAGCUUUGGCGUUGUGUACAAAGGCAAACUCGCGGAUGGUCGCGAGGUGGCAAUCAAGAGGGGAGAAACCAGUUCCAAGAUGAAGAAGUUUCAAGAGAAAGAAAGUGCAUUUGACUCUGAACUGGCCUUCUUGUCACGCCUACACCACAAGCACUUGGUUGGACUAGUUGGGUUCUGUGAAGAGAAAGAUGAAAGGCUAUUGGUGUAUGAGUACAUGAAGAAUGGGGCGUUGUAUGAUCAUUUGCAUGACAAGAACAAUGUGGAGAAGGGUAGCAGUGUGUUGAAUUGGUGGAAAAUAAGGAUCAAAAUUGCUUUGGAUGCUUCCCGGGGAAUAGAAUAUCUUCAUAAUUAUGCAGUUCCAUCUAUUAUUCACAGAGAUAUAAAGUCUUCCAACAUUCUUCUUGAUGCCACUUGGACGGCAAGAGUAUCUGAUUUUGGACUGUCGUUGAUGAGUCCAGAACCUGACAGUGAUUACCGACCAAUGAAGGCAGCGGGAACCGUUGGAUACAUUGAUCCUGAGUACUAUGGUCUAAAUGUGUUGACAGCAAAGAGUGAUGUGUAUGGACUUGGAGUUGUAUUGCUAGAACUUUUAACGGGAAAGAGAGCUAUAUUCAAGUAUGGGGAAGAUGGAGGUACCCCAUUAAGUGUGGUGGAUUUUGCAGUGCCUGCUAUUAUGGCUGGAGAAUUGGUGAAAAUUUUGGAUCCAAGAGUUGGACCACCGGAUGUGAAUGAAGCAGAGGCAGUGGAGUUGGUGGCAUAUACAGCUAUCCAUUGUGUGAAUUUGGAAGGGAAAGAUAGACCAACCAUGGCUGACAUUGUGGUAAAUUUAGAAAGAGCUUUGUCUAUUUGUGAUAGUAGCCAAGAUAACAUUUCCAGUGGUACUAUCUGUGUUGUUUCAGAAUGAUAUAGUCCAACCCCGGUAAAGAGAGGGGAAAAUAUUGGAAGUUUUGUGAAUUCUUAUUGAUUCUUUCUCAAUUUCACAACUAAAUUGAUUCUUUCUGAUAUAUCAUAUGGGUAUACUCUGCCUGUAAAAAUUAGGGGAAUCAUCUAACAUCAUGCAUUAGUGUUGUAUAUUGUAGAAUGUCACGAAAUAUGAUCCAUUUACGACUGUAUGUAAAUCAUCUAACAUUUACACACUAUUUUUGGCGAUUUAAUUUUACACAACGUAUUUGCGCAUGGCAUGACAGAUUAUAGUAGCAUUAGUGCUUGAUACAUGUUUAUGCGUAUGUGAUCAUGCUAAUAUUUUUGUCAACUUUUUAUUUUGUCCAUCAGAAUUUGGUGUAUUCUCCAGAGCAUUGCACUUGUUAUUAUGGCCUUUAAAUUAGUGAACCUUAGGGCUCAAUCAGGAAGAAAUUAACUAUUAGAGCAUUGUUGAUUGUAUAUUUAUGUAUAUGUAUGUACAUAGAGUGGGAGCACUGGGGGGAAGAAGGUAGUUUGACAAACUUGGGCUUAUUUGGUCUCAUUCAGACUAGGAAGGUACCAAGAAAUUACACUAAAACUAAAACUAAUCCUUUUCACCAUUGUAACUACUGUGGUAUGGUCCCCAUCCCAGCACAAAUAGAUUUGUCUCUCUUUGAAAGUUCGUUGCUGACUUCCACGUUGACGGAAGGCAACAAAUAUCAAAUUAAGCAGCGGAUUGAUUAAUGCUUCUUGAUUACACGGCAAGGAUUUUGUAUUGACUCACCCACAAGCUUUGAAUUCACCACUCUCUACUUUUUUAAUGUACUGUAUAUCACAAGGAUUUG